AGCCGGUAGCGUCUGUCGCGCCACCUACGCCGCAUCUCCGUGUUUCUGCGUGCUUGUGCCGUGCCUUGGCGGUGGCCAUUACUUGGCGAAGUGUCCGUUGCGAAGCCUGCGUGCUUCCCGUCGAGUUCUCGUGCAUAUCUUGGUGGUGCGUGUGUUUGUGCGUGCUUCGCCGCCAAAAAAAUCGUUGGAAUGAUGGCCGAUAUUGCCAGCUACGACGGUCACGCCGCAAAACGGCAACGCACCGACGAAGGCCGGGAUCGCGGUUAUGGAAAUAACCAGCAACAAGGCUACAACUACUACAACAAUCAACGAGGAGGAGGUGGUCGAGGGCAAGAGGAAGAGAAGCCCAACCAUGUGCUCCUGAUGACCAUCCUAAACCCUGCCUACCCCAUCACAGUGGAUGUUAUCCACACCAUCUGCACUCCAAGUGGCAAGGUGAUGAGAAUAGUGAUCUUCAAGAAGAAUGGUGUUCAAGCAAUGGUCGAGUUCGACGGAGUCGAGGCGGCGGUGCGUGCCAAGAAGUCUCUCAACGGCGCCGACAUCUAUUCCGGAUGCUGCACCCUCAAGAUCGAGUACGCCAAGCCUACAAGACUGAAUGUCUACAAGAACGACAACGACAGCUGGGACUACACCAACCCCAACCUUGGGAAGAGCGGGAGUGAGCGCCCAGCCCUUCUUGGAGAGCCUCGUGGCUUCGGAAACUACAAGGACAGCAUUGAGGCAGAGUAUCACCACUAUCCCGAAGGAGAUGGCAGGGGCCCUGCCUCCGGUCCCGGCUAUGGCCCCGACCGCGGCGACUACGACUACGGUCCAAGGGGAGGACAGUACAACAGCCCUGGUGGUGGCUACAAUGAUGGCUACGGUGGACCCCCCAAUGGGCCCCCCCAGGAUCGCUAUGGUGGUCCACCACAUGAUGGGCGCGACGGCCCCAACUAUGGCAUGGGCGCAGCCAAUGCGUCCCCACAGGCUGCGGGACCUCACCAAGGCUCUGUGCUGAUGGUGUAUGGGCUCAACUCUGAGAAGAUGAACGCUGAGAAGCUCUUCAACUUGCUGUGCCUCUAUGGGAACGUUGUCAGAAUAAAGUUCCUAAAGAGCAAGGAUGGCUGCGCCAUGGUCCAAAUGGGCGAUCCCUUGGCCGUGGAGCGGGCAGUCGGACACCUGAACAACGCACAGUUCUUCGACAGCAAGAUGCAGCUGGGCUACUCCAAGCAGGCUUUCCUCAACGAUGUGCAGCUGCCCUUCGAGCUGCCCGACGGCACACCGUCCUUCAAGGACUUUAUGGGCAACCGCAACAACAGAUUCACCAACCCGGAGGCGGCCUCGAAGAACCGCAUUCAGCCACCCUCGCGCGUCCUCCACUUCUUCAACACGCCUUUCGGCAUCACCGAUGAUGACCUCAAGAAGGUAUACAUCAAGUUGUUCGAGGACCUGGGCUGCCCAGUGCCAACAACGAUCAAGAUGUUUACAUCAAAGACGGAACGCAGCAGCUCGGGUCUGAUGGAGUUUGAGACAGUGUCCGAAGCCAUCGAAGCAUUAAUCAUGUCCAACCACACUCCAAUCAACAACCCCAACGGCAAGUUCCCUUACAUUCUCAAGCUGUGCUUCUCGUCAUCGGGGCCGAGGUACUGAAGAGCCAGUCGGCCACCGCAGCUUCGAAGCAUCCCCUUGUCUACGGUCUUCGCGGCUGGGGGUCCGACAUCGUCACAAUUGCUUCUUCUUCUUCUUCAACACGAGAGACAACACGGGGGGGAAGGGCAGACACUUUGAACAAGACGACCUGACUCAAAAUACAAUACAGAAGACUGGCAAAAACAAAUAAAAAAAAACACAACACAAGCUCCAGAAACUCUCUCCACCACUUACCGCCGCCACCACCACCACUACUACUAUCACUACAAAAAGAAAAAACACACAGCCAACAAAGACAAGACACAAUGUGCAAAAUACAACUUCCACACUUCAUUGUUGUUCACAUCUGUAUAAAAAAGAAAAACAGUGCGCAGACAAGUAACAAAGCAGAGUGAAGCUAAGCAAACCCAGUAUUGAUGCAAGAAUUGUGUGCGCAGUUUUGGUUGUUGGUUGGCUUGUCGUUCUCGAACGGACUUUGCAGCGGAACUUUUGCAAGCUGGAAGAAAGGCAGUAGUACUAGAAUGUAGGUGUCAUGCAUUUUUAAACUUUGCAUUAUUUAAGACUGGAGUUUUUGUUUUUCCACCUCGUUACAUUCCCAGUCUAUUUUUUAAAACAAUUUUUCUCUCUUUAGAUAAAGCUAGCUGCAGCCCCACUGCAUUCGACCUGAAUUGAUGUUGUGCACAGUUGAGUAUUUGCACCACAUUGAGUAAUGUUCUACAGCAUGACGCAGGUUCUCCUAAACUGUGACUAACCGUGGUAACUACAACGUAAGCGGCCAGAGGCACCAAUCGUUGUCACCUCGGGACCUUACGUCCUUCGGCCAUUGUUUUCUCGGGCAUCGCACGGAAAUGAGAAGGUUAAUUUAUUGGAUGAGUUUGAGCUGUCUGUGGCAUCGCAUGCCAACAUGUGUGAAAGAAUUCACCAUGUCUUGCGAUUGGUGGCUGCCUGCUUGCAAGAUCCUCUGCAAAUCCCGUUCUCGAACAUGUUUUUUUUUUUUUUUUUUUUUUUAACCAAACUGUGAACUAUAUGGGCAAGAGACACACACCUACCUUGUUUGUAUAUCUGAUUGUACAGAAUGCUUGAUUUGAAUAGCGGGGCAGGAUGGGGCUCUUCACUGGAAUGUCCGGGUUCUACGAAAACUUGUGUGUAGAGAGCACUGUCUUUGCUGUCGUGUGCCUACGUUUUCUGGUUCCUUCCUUGUUCCCCAGCUUAUGGCUCUUGGGGUGAGGAGUGUGUUGUUGAUGAAGCGCUUAACUGUAGACUGAUAUCUCAUGCUCAACAUUUUAGAGAGGCACCUUCUUUUUCGGUCUUCGACAAAUUUCGACAUCUUCACUGAUUGUCUUGGUCGUAACUUUAUUAAUUAGUGUUCACGAAAUCAACUUGGCGAGUUGUGUCGGUAGACAGCGAAAGCAGCCCAACUGUCGAGUUCUCUUAUAAUAUUGAGGCGAUGUUGAAAGGCUUGUUUUGCCUGUAGCUGCUUUUUGAAGUAGUGCUAUAACUGACGAGCGAAACUGAAAUGUCGCCGAAAGUAAAAGCGCGUGUCUCGUUGAGUUGGCAAGUGAUGUGCGUUGUUGUGGGUGUGGCUGGAGCGCAGAGUUUUUUCCUUUCCCCUGUCCCAUUGAAAAGUGUUUGUGCAAUUUUUGCUUUAGAGUAGCAAACAUUGGAGGGCCCCCCGACUGACCCCCACACUUCAAAAACCGCUCAAGCUUGUUACGUGUGUAUAAAUAUAGAAAGCCAGCAGCAUGCCACUUUCUGAACGUUCCAUUCCAACACCUCUGACAAGAGUACAACCAAAACGGCAGGCAUGUUGAGUUCUCACGAUUGGGUUUUUGCAGGCUGUCCAUUUUCACUUCGUCGUUCUGCGUAGGUUAUUUUUGCCGAUGCCCGAAGGGACGCUGUGUCCUCGCUCUCGGGGACAGGUAUUGGCAGGCUCUCCCGUGAAGCCACUAGCUCGACUGUAUUGGCAAACGAGCUGCAUCAUAAUUAAAGCUAGAAUGGAUCGUGCACCACCUCUGGUGACCACGUAUUUGAAAGAAACCGUUUUCGAUAAAGUCCAAAAAAGAAAAACUGCAGUGUUGCCGCAUAUCGUAUGAGGUCAACGCUGGUCCACAUUCACUCGUCUUCGACGCACGCCUUAACUACAAAACCGCCAUUCUGAGGCAAUUUCUAAAGGCUGUACAAUUAUAAUUGAGCAUGCGAUCGCCCCUGUGUUCUCAAAACGAAUGCUAACGAAGCCACGGGUUUAAUUAGCUUAGAGAGCAGUCUCUACCCAAAUACCCGAGCCAGAAUACCAGGGACAGCCAAAUAGCAUCAGUGCGCUUAGCUUUCUGUUUCUGUUUAAUACAUCAUGUCGCAUUAGUCAUCUACCGGCCUUCUUUUUCUCGUUCUUUUUAGCUCUGCUAGUGUCUUCUUCCUCCCAGUGUGUUGUCCUCGUCGAUCGUGGCAUUCGCGUCUUUUUGAUGAAAAAGCUGCACUCUUCUUGUGUACCCCCACCACUUCUCCUCUCCACAUGUUUUAUCCCCUUGUGUGUCCCCAUGGCUUCCAAAGAGAAUAGUAGUGUCACUUCGUGCGUACUGCACCACCUUCAUUUUUUCGUGUCAACGGGUGCGUGUACGGGAGCAUUGAAAAAAAAAAAUCAUUUUUCCCCCCCUUCUUUUUUUAUUUUUUCAUUUUGUAGCCGUUGUGUGUGCGUGUGUGUGCAUUUGCGCGUCACUUCGUUUUUGUUUUCUCUUUACAUAAGUGGCCUUUUCUCGUUCAAAGUAAGAAGAAAAUGUCUUUUUUUUUUUCUUUUUGUUUAAGGGUCGCAGGAUAUUUUUUCUUCUUUGUCAUCGAAGAACAAGCAAUUUCUCUUUUUCGCUCUGUUAAUUGUGCAUGUGCAUCAGUGUCACUACGCUUAAUGUAUCUGGUGGUCUCUACUGAAUAAAAAGAAAUGUGACGAUUAA